UGAGAAUGUCGGUAUCAUCCUUAUUUUACACAAACAACUCGACGCAUAAAUUAAAAGUAGUCUGUCAGUACUCAUGUGUGAUUUGUACUGAUAACAGUCUCAAAGUGAAAAAGCGUCUUUACCAAAACAAAUAAACAAUAUUAAGUAUGUCUUUUAAAGCUUCCUACGCUACUGCUGCAAUUGCUUCUGCCGGAGUUAUCGGCGGUGCCUACGCAGCUUACCAUCUCUACAAUAAGCUACAAAAACCAAAGUUGCCAGAGGAGUGGACACAAGUUGGUACUUUAAAAAACAUUUACGUUUAUCCGAUCAAGUCAUGUGGUCCUGUAAUUUUAAAUUCAGUAGAAUGCACUUUACUUGGAUUGAAAAGUGGAUGGUUGCGGGACAGAGUCCUUAUGGUAGUGGACGAUAAAUACAAUUUCGUGACGGCAAGAGUUUAUCCCGAUUUGCUUCUUGUGAAACCUUCUGUUAACAACUCUAUCCUUACUUUGAAGCAUCCAGACAUGGAAACCUUGUCAGUGAAUUUGGCUGAGGUGGCUGCAUUACAAUCUCCAAAAAUCGCAUCUGUGUGGCAAGUGCAAGUGCCUGUAUAUGAUUGUGGGGGAGAAGCUGCCGAAUGGUUUUCUAAAGUGUUGGGUAAGCCAACCUCAACCAUGCGACUCGUUUAUUAUGCCUCGCAAAACUGCCGAAGUCUUAGAGGUGCCAACAGUAUGUACAAAUUCACAAAAAAUGAUACGGGAGCCCUUUCUGAUGAGGUUUCGUUCAAUUUAUUAAAUGAAGCUUCUGUCGACGAUUUAAAUAAUAGGUUAAAAGACUGUAACGCGUCCCAUAGCCGCUUUAGGCCAAACUUUGUGUUAGACGGCGCCCAACCUUACGAUGAAGACAAUUGGAAGUUUGUGAAGAUAGGUGAAAAUGUUUUUGAAGUUAUUAAACCAUGCACCAGAUGCGUAUUGACCACGAUUGACCCAGAAACCGGGUUGCGUGACGUAAAAGCUGAGCCAUUGGAAACCUUGAAGAGCUAUCGGCAGAUACAAUACCCUGAUGGCCAUAAGAAUGAAGGAAACUCUCCCCGCAUGGGAUUACAAAUGUCUUUGCGUUCCCCACCAGGAGGGACUAUUUCUUUAAAUGAUCCCAUUUAUGUUGCAUAACAUUUAUAAAAAAUAUAUAUGGAAUUUAACAUUUUAUAGUCUAUCUCUACAUAUAAGCUUCAAGCUAACUUAAAAAAUUAUUCAAAAAUGUAA